AUGGACUUUUCACCGCUGGAUAGGUUUCCGGGCGAGCAGACCGCGAUUUCGCCGUCUUGGGAGUCUAUCUUAGCGGAAGAGUCGCCGCUCUCGACGGCAGACACGGUUGGGACGGUCACUACGAUCCAAACGGCGAGCAGCAGCUGUCAGGACAUGGUAAACGCGGGAAGUAACGGAACACCUACCUGGAGCGACACAGCAAGUCUCAAUAACCUACUCAGCGAAAAUGCACUAGAGUCAAUCAGGAGACAGCGAGCCCAAAACAAACUGAUCCAUUUGGACCCCAUACCUGACUUCAAAGAUCGCAAAGAAAUCAAGACCUGGCUGCAGAAGAUCUUCUAUCCCCAGGGCAUAGAAAUCGUGAUAGAGCGCUCCGACAAAAUCAAGGUGGUCUUCAAGUGUAAAGCUUCGAAACGUGGGCGUACAUUCCGUACACCUGCGGCGACGGACGGAAGCACACCCGAUGAGAAUCCAGAGAGUCCGCAGGCGGCCAAGAGGAUUCUUCAGAACUCUAAGAAGACGAAAAGAUGCGUCUCGCCGUACAAUACGUGCCCGUUCCGCGUAAGGGCUACCUAUUCACUGAAACGUAAGAAGUGGAAUAUCGUGGUCAUGAAUAAUGGCCAUUCUCAUCCACUCAAGUUCAAUGCUGACAGUGAGGAAUACAAGAAAUUCAAAGAAGUUCUACGAGAGCAGGAAGACUGGGACGCGGUGCGCAAGUUCGACGAGCUGGAGUGCCGAACACGCUUCAAUUUGCCUAUCGAGCCGCAAGCAAUACCGUGCGACUGUGGUCUUACGCAAGAAAUUAAGAGUUUCGACAUAGUUCUGCCAACCUCUGACAGCAUGACCAAGACCGUGGAUAAAACUGUUAGUAAACCUGCUCAUAAAUCGCGGGGGUCCCGAAAGAAUCAAAAACUCGCCCAUCUGUUGAGCCGAAAUACCACGCCGCAUGGUUGGGACUCUGGAGCUGCCGUGACAGAGGAUGGGGGUAACGAUCAAAGUAAUGAGCCAGGCGUUUCAAUUCCUGUAGAAAACGAUGUGGCCUCGUCACAACCGGUCUCGUCUUCUGCUCCGAGCUGGGAUCCAGUCAAUUUCAUGGGAGCAUCCGAAGAGGUCGAUUUCACAGACCUAUUUCUGAAGCCGUUACCCCGUGUGAAGCAAGAAUCCGCUCUGGGGAAACAAACGCUUCAAGGCACCGGGGGGCUUCUUCCGGAGUUGAACCAAUGGGCUGUCGACAGCAAGACUUUUAUGGAGGAACUUCACUUGACACCAUCCGAACCCAUAUGUGAACUAAACCACACAAAUCAUUGCGACUGCAUUCCUCUGUCAUCUACAUCUACUCCAUUCAAUGCAUCUCAGGCUGGAAACGAUACUGCUACCUACGAAGAACAGAUCCAAUCUCCAAACCAGCUCUCAAAUCUUCAACGUCACAACCAUUCUGCAGUAGGUGGCUAUCUUUCCACCGGCAUGCAAAACUUGCAUCUCACGAACCCACACAUGCAUACCACGGGCCCGUAUCAGGACCCAAUAUGGGAUGUAACAAACGGCACUCAUUCUCAUGAACAAGUAUAA